GCCACGCACGCAGCAGGGCUCUCCAUUACUCCACAGCUCGAGCGGGAGAGAUCGUUGGUUGCGCUGGCGGCGAUGAUGGCGGCGGCGCUGGACGGCGGAGGGGGCGAGGAGGAGGCGCGGGUGAGGAAGCCCUACACCAUCACGAAGCUGCGCGAGAGCUGGACCGACCCGGAGCACGACAGGUUCCUCGAGGCGCUGCACAUGUUCGAUCGUGAUUGGAGAAAGAUUGAAGCAUUUGUUGGCUCCAAGACAGUCAUACAGAUUAGGAGCCAUGCGCAGAAGUACUUUUUGAAGGUUCAGAAGAAUGGGACAGGGGAACAUCUGCCCCCACCUAGGCCAAAGAGGAAGGCGGCACAUCCGUACCCGCAUAAAGCCUCGAAAAAGGCCGCUCAAGCUAUCUUGCCACAAGAAGCUUCGGGUGUUAUCGAGCACGGAUGUGUUCUGCCUAUGGACGCAUCAGCUGUUGCUACAAACCCACGUGCAAACGACGCAUUUCCUUCCUGCGACAAUGUUAUUACCCAAUGUCUUAGCCCAACGCUUCCAGAAGAUCUUGCCGCUGCUAAUAAUUGCUCUAGUAGCAUAGAGAGCCAAUCUGGAAUUUGGCCAACUUCCGACGCUAUUGGGCAAGAAAUUGUACUUCCAGCACUGCGUGCCAUGCCAGACUUUGCUCGAGUAUACAACUUUCUUGGAAGCGUAUUUGAUCCUGAAACAAGUGGACAUUUGCAGAAAUUGCAAGAGAUGGAUCCUAUUGAUGCUGAAACAGUACUAGUACUGAUGAAGAAUCUAUCGAUGAACCUGUCCAGCCCAAACUUUGAGGCACAUAGGGGGUUGCUCUCGUCGCAUGAUGUCGGCGUGGGCCAAGUCAAGCAUGAAAGCGUAGGAGAUCUGGGUUCAACUCACACUCUUCAGCUUCCACUGAUGGUAACGACAAAAUGAGGAAAAUAUUGGAACUGAAGCGGGGGGCUCUAGACUCAGGUGCACCACGAGAUGCUUGAGUGCGGACCGUUAGGCACACGUCGUAGUGUCUUAUAUGAUUGUACAUAGUUUUUGUGUAGUGAUCUCAACACUAACUUUGGGAUUUGAUUUGCUCUAACUAUGUAUUUGAUCAGUCUGGCAUGUCAUUAUUGUAGUAGCAGACUGUGGUACCUUGUAAGGAAUAUUAGUUGAUACCCAGCCAGUUGCUAUACCACUCAUGUUUUCUAAAGAUUUGGGAGAGCUAUA